AUGGAAGGAGAAGACAAAAGAAAAACAAAUAUAUUUAAAUUAUGUGAAACUAAUAUUACACCUGGAGUAUGUACACGCCAUCAGAGCUUCACAGUGCACCACCACAAGUACGACUGCCUUGUUAUAGGAGCCGGUGGAGCGGGCUUAAGGGCAUCUAUAGGCUUAGCUGAAUCGAAAUUUAGUGUGGCUCUUGUUACGAAAAUGUUCCCAACCCGCUCACACACUAUCGCAGCUCAGGGUGGCAUGAAUGCAUCUAUAGGAAGUAUGCACCAAGACGACUGGCGGUGGCACUUUUACGAUACAGUUAAGGGAUCUGACUGGCUUGGAGAUCAGGACUCAAUUCAGCAACUAACACGCGAUGCGCCUAACUGUAUUUUUGAACUGGAGAACAUGGGCAUGCCGUUCUCAAGGACUCAAGAUGGGAAGAUCUAUCAGCGGUCGUUUGGUGGAGGCACCAAGAACUGUGGUAAGGAGAUUGCGAAGCGGACAUGCGCUGUUGCUGACCGCACGGGCCACGCCUUACUCCAUACGCUCUAUGGAUAUAGCACAAAGUUUAAGAACAUCAAGUUGUUCAGCGAAUUCUUUGUUUUGGAUCUGCUUAUGCAAGAUGGAGCAGUAGUUGGGGCCCUUGCGAUGGACAUGGAUGACAGUAGUCUACAUCGGUUUCAAGCUAAAAACACAGUGAUCGCUACCGGUGGAUAUCCAAGGAUGUAUUUCUCGUGCACGGCUGCACACACAUGCACGGGGGAUGGUUGUUCGAUGAUGACCAGACUUGGAUUUCCUCUCCAAGACAUGGAGUUCAUACAGUUUCACCCAACAGGCAUGUACGGUUCCGGGUGCUUAAUGACGGAAGGGUGUCGAGGCGAGGGUGGAUAUCUCGUGAACAGUGAGGGUAAACGUUUUAUGGAGAAAUAUGCACCAAAAGCUAAGGACUUAGCAAGCCGUGAUGUUGUAUCUAGAUCUAUGGCUACCGAAAUUAGACAAGGCCGAGGAGUUGGACCAAAGAAGGACCAUAUUUACCUCCAGUUGCAUCAUUUAAGCCCUGAAGUGAUUAUGAAACAGUUGCCUGGUAUUCACGAAACUGCUUACACGUUUACUGGAGUGGAUGUGUUGAAGGAUCCAGUUCCAGUCAUACCCACAGUGCAUUAUACUAUGGGUGGCAUCGCCAUAAAUUAUAAAGGCGAGGCAAUCAUCAACAAGGGUAGCGGUGAUGAAGCGAUACCAGGGUUACAUGCAGCAGGUGAAGCGGUUAGCAACUGUCAUGGCGCCAACAGACUAGGAGCCAACUCGAUUCUCGACGUCGUGGUGUUUGGGAAAGCGAUUGGCCUAAAUAUCGCAUGCAUUUCUACUCCUGGUGAUAAACAGCCAGAGCUAAAGCAUAAUAUAUGUGAUGCAGCCAUUGAUAACUUAGAAAAAGUUAAGGCUUUGAAGGGCUCAAUCUACCCGCACGAUCUUCGUUUGAAUAUGAGGACUACUAUGCAAAAUAAAUGCGGUGUAUUUAGAGAAGCGAAGUUAUUGGAUGAAGCCCAGACAGAAAUACAAAAGUGGUAUGCGGCUUUCAAAGAUUUGAAAAUUACUGACCAGAAGAAAAACUAUAACACAGAUUUAAUAGAAAGCCUGGAGCUUCAGAAUAUGUUGCAGGCUGCAGUUCAGGUUGUUGCCUGCGCUAGAAACCGAACAGAAAGCAGAGGUGCACACUUUCGAGAUGACUUUCCAAAGAGAGAAGAUGAAAUGGACUACAGUAAACCGACAGAAGGACAGACUGCGAAGCCCAUAGAGAAGCAUUGGCGUAAACACAGCAUGUCAAACCUCGAUCUCGCGACCGGAAAAGUAACUAUUAGCUAUAGACCAGUCAUAGACAAAACCUUGGAUGAUGAAGUUCAGACGAUUCCCCCUGUACCCAGAGUUUACUAGUGUUUACAUUUUAUUAGUUUUAAAUUA